AGUCAUGAAAUUCACUUCACUCAUCCCUAUGAUCAUUGCCACAGCAAUGGCUGGCGUAGUCGUCGCCUCCGAGGACCUGGUGAUAAACCCUGGGAACUUCCAAUGCGACAAAAACAAACCUGUGGCAUGCUCAAGGGGCAUCAAAGGUUACAACAAUGAGUAUGAUUUCGGGUAUAAUUGCGGAAGUAACGGCCUUGUCGUUUCUUGGACGCCGUGCCACUGCCAUAAUUGCUGCCACUUGAUCAACAAUGGGAAAGCCUACUCCUGUACAUGAGCUUUGAUGCUUGCUCAAUACUACGUGCACAAUGCCUGAGUGA